ACCAGCGGAAGGAGGAGGCGGGCCGCGCGGAGGAGUCUCGGCUGGGCCCGCGCUGCGAGAGUGCUGCUCUGCGCCGCGCUUCACAGCGGUCUGCCGUCCCCGCGCCGGGCUGCUCCCCGACCAGGCCUCGCUCUCGGCCUCGGCGUCCACCCUUCCGAAGCGCUCCUGUCGGGUCUCGGCCUCGCGGCCUCCACCGGUCCGGCCCCAUGGCUCUGUGCAACGGAGACUCCAAGCUGGAGAAUGCUGGAGAUCUUAAGGAUGGCCGUCAGCACUACGAAGGCGCUGUUGUCAUUUUGGAUGCUGGAGCUCAGUAUGGGAAAGUCAUAGACCGAAGAGUUCGGGAACUUUUUGUGCAGUCUGAAAUCUUCCCCCUGGAAACACCAGCAUUUGCCAUAAAGGAACAAGGAUUUCGUGCUAUCAUCAUCUCUGGAGGACCCAAUUCUGUGUAUGCAGAAGAUGCCCCCUGGUUUGAUCCAGCAAUAUUCACCAUUGGCAAGCCUGUUCUUGGAAUUUGCUAUGGCAUGCAGAUGAUGAAUAAAGUAUUUGGAGGUACUGUGCACAAAAAAAAUGUUAGAGAAGAUGGAGUCUUCAACAUUAGUGUGGAUAAUACAUGCUCAUUAUUCAGGGGCCUUCAGAAGGAAGAAAUUGUUUUGCUUACACAUGGAGACAGUGUAGACAAAGUAGCUGAUGGAUUCAAGGUCAUGGCACGUUCUGGUAACAUUGUUGCAGGUAUAGCAAAUGAAUCUAAAAAAUUAUACGGAGUCCAGUUCCACCCUGAAGUUGGCCUUACGGAGAAUGGAAAAGUAAUACUGAAGAAUUUCCUUUAUGAGAUAGUUGGGUGCACUGGGACCUUUACCGUGCAGAACCGAGAACUUGAAUGCAUUCGUGAGAUCAAAGAGAGAGUAGGCACAUCAAAAGUUUUGGUUUUACUCAGUGGUGGUGUGGAUUCAACAGUUUGUACAGCUUUACUAAAUCGUGCUUUGAACCAAGAUCAAGUCAUUGCUGUGCACAUUGAUAAUGGCUUUAUGAGAAAACGGGAAAGCCAGUCUGUUGAAGAGGCCCUCAAAAAGCUUGGAAUGCAGGUCAAAGUGAUAAAUGCUGCUCAUUCCUUCUACAAUGGAACAACUACUCUACCAAUCUCAGAAGAAGACAGGACCCCACGAAAAAGAAUUAGCAAAACAUUAAAUAUGACUACAAGCCCCGAGGAGAAAAGAAAAAUCAUUGGCGAUACUUUUGUUAAGAUUGCCAAUGAAGUGAUUGGAGAAAUGAAUCUGAAGCCUGAGGAGGUUUUCCUUGCCCAAGGCACUUUACGGCCUGACCUAAUCGAAAGUGCAUCGCAUGUUGCAAGUGGCAAAGCUGAACUCAUCAAAACGCAUCACAAUGAUACCGAACUUAUCAGAAAGUUGAGGGAAGAGGGAAAAGUAAUAGAACCUCUGAAAGAUUUUCAUAAAGACGAAGUGCGGAUAUUAGGCAGAGAGCUUGGGCUUCCAGAGGAAUUAGUUUCCAGGCAUCCAUUUCCAGGUCCUGGCCUGGCAAUCAGAGUUAUAUGUGCUGAAGAACCUUACAUUUGUAAGGACUUUCCUGAAACCAACAAUAUUUUGAAAAUAGUAGCUGAUUUUUCUGCAAGUGUUAAGAAGCCUCAUACACUGUUACAAAGAGUCAAGGCCUGUACGACAGAAGAGGACCAGGAGAAGCUCAUGCAGAUCACAAGUAUGCACUCACUGAAUGCGUUCUUGCUGCCAAUCAAAACUGUAGGCGUGCAGGGUGAUUGUCGUUCCUACAGUUAUGUAUGUGGAAUCUCCAGUAAAGAUGAACCCGACUGGGAAUCUCUUAUUUUCCUUGCCAGGCUUAUUCCUCGAAUGUGUCAUAAUAUUAACAGGGUUGUCUAUAUCUUUGGCCCGCCAGUUAAAGAACCUCCUACAGAUGUUACACCCACGUUCUUGACAACAGGGGUGCUCAGUGCUUUACGCCAAGCUGACUUUGAGGCCCACAACAUUCUCAGCGAGUCCGGGUAUGCUGGGAAAAUCAGCCAGAUGCCAGUGAUUUUGACUCCAUUACAUUUUGAUCGAGAUCCACUUCAGAAGCAACCUUCAUGCCAGAGGUCCGUGGUUAUUCGAACCUUUAUUACUAGUGACUUCAUGACUGGCAUACCUGCUACCCCUGGCAACGAGAUUCCUGUGGAGGUGGUGCUAAAGAUGGUCACUGAGAUAAAGAAGAUUCCUGGUAUUUCUAGAAUUAUGUAUGACUUAACAUCAAAGCCCCCAGGAACCACUGAGUGGGAGUAAUAAAUGUCUUGUUCUGUUAACAUACUGUGUGCAGUUUAAAUUCAUUGGAACCACUCUCAUUCUUGACAUGCAAUGAUGUGAAAAGUGAUAGCUGCAUCAUAUCUGCGUUCUCCACAGCAAAGAUCCAUGGUUAAGACCUGAGCUGGAGAUAAUUAAAAGGACUAAGAGUUUGUACGGGUAAAUAAUCCAGGCACCAUUGCCUACAUGCAGACAGAUUGCUGUUGCCUUUGCCUUUGCCUCGCUUGUUCUCAUGUAUGAACUCACCAUUGCUUUUGAUGACUCUGUGACGAUGGAUGACUUUGGGGACAGGAGCAGGCUUCUGUCUCCUUGCCAGUUUCUAAGAGCUGUUGGACGCACCCAUUAAUUAUCAUGUGUACCUUUUGGAGAGUCUGAAUUUUUUUUAAGUAAUUUUAUUUCUCUAAAGGGUGAGAAAGACAAACAUGUUACUUAAAGCUAUAGGACAGCUGUUCUAGACAUUGUUUGGCAGGGUACUAGGGUAGAUAAUGUAAGCUACUUUAAUAUAGAAAGUGCCGUGGAUUUAUUAUGGAAGUGCUUUUGAGUUUCAUGAUAUCACAGCCAUGUCAGGAAGAAACUGAAAAUCCUCUAGGAAUCUUUUCAAAUAAUAUUUCACAUAGAUGCCAUGCUUUUCACUGUCACCAAGUACAGAGCUUUAUCCUCCCGUGUCUCCAGUUUCUACACUUUUGUGUAAUCAGUUUUUAUUCUUCCCAGAAGAGGCUGUCAGUGUUGCGUGGUAUAGGGCAGGUGAAGUCAAGAGGAGAGUUUUACUGUCUUGUUUAGCUGAUCAGAGGACUAGCUCUGAGGUCACAGAAGCCAUCGUACAUGUCUGUAGCUUACAGGUGGUGUGGGAAAGAUGUUUAUGUCACUUGGGAAACUGAAGUGACAUUGUAGAUCUGGUCUGUAGACCUGUUUAUUUCUCACUGCUCAGAAGCCUUGAUUCAUGAAAGGUAUUUGCCACGUGGUGUCCAGCUUUAGGAAAGGGUUCAAGGACCAGUGCAGGACUUAGUGCCAUUGUCAGCAGUUUCUUAGGAAGUCUCUGUCAUUCCUACAAGCCUGACAGAAUGGAUGGUAUUGGAGUUAAAUUCUGAAACCCAUUUCGGUUGUUCUCUUACCCAUUUUACCUCGUUUACUCUCUGUCACAGUUUAGAAGAUCAUUUUUAUUUAUCAGUUUCUGUUGGGAAUUCAGUGUUAAAUGAACAGCAAAAGGACGCAUGAUAUGGGGACAGCCAGAAACUGCUGCUGAACUUAGAAGGGAUGAUCUUGUUUGUUUUAACAGACAUUUACACCUGAAAUGGAGUAUUUAACUUCUACAAAGCACAAAAUGCUCAUUCUCCAUCCUGCUGAGGAAGUACUCCUUGGGGGGCCUCAGGAAGGAGGGUGCGAUCGUGAUCUGGUAGCAGAUUUUAGUAGAGGAGAGUUGUGUUAUUUCAGAUCUAGAAUAGACAGCUGUAAAAUGCUUAUCAUCUUGUCAGUACGUGUUUGAAUAUGUGAAAAACAUUCCUGUUCUAACAAAAGUGUUUGGUUUUUUUGCAUUCAAGCAAACCAUAGGAAUUAGGAAGAACAGAUUAAGAAUGUUUUUUUUCCUGAAGUUUGUCUUGGUAUAUAAAAGUGGUUAGGUGUUUAUGUAUGUUGGGAAGUGUUACUCAUUUGUAAUCUCUGCCUUCUGGACAUUUAUGGUAUACAUGAUCCAAGUUGUGAAGAUGUAUUUAGUGUUUUCCUAAUAUUCUAAUGUUACACGUCUUACACGUAAUACUUAAUACUGGAAAAAUAACCCAAAACAUGCAUUCACACGAUGUACUUUAAUUUCCUCCCAUUUAGUUCCUAUCUUCCUGUCCAGAGUGUGUUUUGCUUUGUGCCAUAUAGCUGCCUGUAUAUCAUCACAGUAUUUCAGCCAAUGUGGGGGAAAAUUAAGACUGCAAUUCUAGUUCCAGUUAAGGAAGCAAGUUCAACUUGGUGAUGGUCACCGUGAAUUUCAGAAUUAACUGUGAGAUUUUCUUAGAUCCAGUAACCCUUGUAUGAAGUGUAUUCUAACACCUACAAUUGUGUAACCUUACAGGAUGGUUACUUUUUCUUAGACUAACUGCCUAAUUAAUAACAUUCAUUACUGGAUGUCCUGGGUAACUCCUGACUUCCAUUUCUUUGCUUACUAGGCAUACCUUUACCUAGUUAAGUCUGUUUUGUUUUUUUGUAAAUGUUAGAAAGAGGAAGUCAGAUUAGUGAGAAUGUAAUUUAUUCCCAAAUUGACACACCGGGGAAUUUUAAGAAUCAAAUCCCAGUCAUGUCUUAGUGGCCCCAUCAGUGAUGUCAGUAGUGUUAGAAAUAAUGGAGUUUGGCAUUGAGUUUUGAGAUUGUGUUUGUAGAUGCCAGGGUCUGGGUGCCAGGAUCACACUUUUUUCCCUUCAUCUUGGGGUAGCUGUAUCAUGUAGCUGCAUGAUAAAAAUCUGUUUCCUUGCUGUGUUUGGAUUUACCUACUGUCAACCAGUUUUAGCGAAUGACAGAACUCUAUAAUCUCUAGACAAAAUGAGGAUUCAGAUGAAAUAGAUAGCACUGCCCAUCACAUAGUUUUGCCAUUAAACGGAUGUGAACUUGGGCAGGUCACGUCUGUUUCUUCUAUAAAAUGAGGCAACUGAAUUAAAGUUCCAACAUCAAAGCUGAACUUGCAUUCAUAUUCUUUCUAUCUAUUCUCCCCCUUCUCAUCCCCCUUGAGGUGGGACCCAUGUAGCCCAGUCUCACACUCACUAUGUAUUUGAGGAUGACCUUGAAACUCUUCUUCCCUCCUGUACCUCCCGAAUGCUGGAAUUGCAUGCUUGUACCACCAUGCCUGGUUUAUGUGGUGCUGGGGAUUGAACCCAGGCCUUGUGCAUGCUAGGCAAAUACCAACUGAACCGUGUCCCUAGCUGCAUUCUUAGACAACGGAGAAGCUGAGUUACUCAUUUUCUAUUUUUAAACUUAAUAAUUGAAGCACUGCCCCUGCUCCCCAAACAAGAUUUGGCCACUCAAGAUUUCCUGUGAAGUGAACUCAUACAUAAAAAGUGCUCAUUAAAAUGUUCCUGAUGGCAAGUUCUUUACUGUGUGUUUUUGGGAAAGCUGACAGGACAUGCUUCAGCUUCGAGACAAGUGAAGUCUCCUGAUAGAAGUUAUGUGCGGCUUUAUGUUGCAAAGCUGGAUCUGGAAUCCAGGCUUUCUGAUUUUCUGUAUUGAAGAGGAAACACUAAAGCAAUUCCAGGCAGAGCUUGAAAGUUCUCUGUAGUUAGGGAGAAAUCUGCUUCCAAAAUGUCCCCUUACAUGAGUUCUGGGGCCUCAGCACCCUGCAGAAAAAAAUGUACAAACGUUCUCCUGUGUUCGGACUCUCCUCACUCUGUUUCCCUGCACAACUUCCCCCACUUCUCUCUUGAGAAUUUUCAGAGGCAUGCAAUAUGGCAAGCCUUCAUAAUUGCCUCAAUGAAUGAAUGCUCCUUUAAUUGGCCCAAAUCUAGAUUUAACUGGAAACCAAGUACUGGUUAAAUGCUUCCAACUUGAGUGCUUCUUUUGUCCUGACUGAAGUCUCUAUACCAAGCAGGGAUGGAAGCAGGGAAUCUUUUUGCCACAGUGAACCUGUAUAGGAGCAAUGGCAUUCCAUCCCUCCCCUCCUUUUUCUAGUGGGAAUUGAAUCCAGAUACCACUGUUCUAUGCCCCCAGCCUAGCUCUAGUGUUUAUGAACAUUUAAUGGUACGAUUAGACAUGCAUGCUCCUGAAACCUUUUGUAAGUGAAUCUCAGCCUAGUACCACCUGAGUAAUUAAACCAAAAAAGACAAUGCCUAAAUACCUGAGUAAAUUAGAGUAUUGUGGGAGGGUUGGAACCCAAGCAAUUACAGUUUUAAGUCUCCAGUGGGAAUAAAUUGCUUGCUAUUAAGCAAUUUAUAAGUUGCCUCUUUUAGUGUCUUAAAAUCCUAGUCAGACAUAGGUAAGGAAUGUAGACUAUGGAGAGUCUUGCUGAGGCUUCAUAACUAAGUUCAGAUCCAGGGACCAGAUUUUGGUUCUGAUUGUGCCUGUACUCUACACUGGGUUACACAACUAGCCUGUUGCUAACAGGACCACUGACAUAAUUGUUACCUGUGUUGAGAUCUGUACACAUGACUUCUCAUUGAUCCUUUUUCUUCUCUCCCUUUUGUUUUUCCCUUAAAAUCUACCCCUGUGCUGUAUGCACCACCCCCUAGAUCGUGAACUAAGGCUUAGCUGCACCAACUGAAGACUCCUUUUGGAGCUGUGCCACUUGAACACUAGUUAUUAAUCCUUGGUCAUCAAGUUUCAUAGAUUAGAAUAAUUUAGCCAGCACCGUUGUAAUUUACCUGUUAAAGUUUUUGUUCACUGUGAACUUUGUAGCACCUUUGAAUGGCCUUCGGGGCCCUUGGAUAGUAAAAUCCUAAGGCUUUAGGGAGUCUGGUUUUUUCUUCAUUAUGUUAGUUACUUGAACCUUGAGUGAUCCAAGUGGAACACAUAUAUUCAAAGAACAGAUUUCUAGGAUAAUUAAUUUCUGUUUUUGCAUCUACUGUGACCAUCAUUAAAACCUUGACAUUUACGUGAGGGAAAUGUAAACCACCUUUUGAACAUACUUUUUAUAAAGAAAUAUUUUGUUAAUUGAAGUGGGUAGUAUAGUUUUUGUGAAAUAAUUAUGUAAUUGUGGUAUACUGUGUCUUUUAUGUUGUAAUGUUGAUGUAAAAUUGCUUUGCUAAAUUAAUGUGAAGUGGCUAAAUCCCCUUUGUCUUCAGUAGGCUUCAUAAAAGAGGAAGUGAUUACUUUCAUAAUUUGUCAUGUCUUGGUGUUUAUCGAACAGAAGUACUAGGUGUAUGCACGCAUGUUUGCUUCUAAAAUAGCCGUAAACGUGGCUUCCUACAUACUCAUUUACAUUUAAUCAAGUCUUUUUCUCCAUUUCUCAAAAGACAGAUUACUAAUUUGGCAAAUGAGUUAAGUUUUUUUUGUUGUAUUUUAGUGCUGGGAGUGAAACCCAGGAUGUUUGACUUGCCAGACAAAUAUUUUACACUGAUCUGCAUCACAAGCCCUAGGUUCUUUAAUUGUUUGGAACUGUGUUAUGACUGAAUCAAACCCACCAAGUAAAUAUUUGCAUGAGUGAAGACUGGGAGAAGCUGAAUUCAUUUAAGUGCUGUUAGCCAAGUGCUCUUCUGUUUGGUUUCAGGUCUGUGACCUGGUCUGGCCUCCUGCUAUAUGAGACAGUGUAUAAAAGCAGUUGUGUUUUGGGAAGUUUUUUUUUUUUUUUUUCUUUUUUAAAACUGUUUGACCAUAGCUCAAAGCAAAAAUGUUAUAGAGCUUAAAAUCUUAUAAAUCAAAACUCAAUCUCCUUCAAACAACAGCAAACUGAAUCUAUUUGACAUUACAGGUAAGGUUUUUUUUUGUUUGUUUACUUUAUAAGUUAUUUGUGAAUUAAAGAGUACGUAGAUUAGAUUCUAAGAAUAUAGGAAUUCUAAUUUAACUUCACUAUUAUGUUAAUUUGUAUUAAGUUCUUUAAUAUUUCAAAAUGUUCUGUGUAUUACUACUAUUCUUUUGGACAAUGCAUAACUGCCAUAUUUACCCAUUUUUCUUUUAAAUUAACAGUGUUAGAGAAAACCAUUUAAAAACUCCCACUUAAUGUGGCUAUAUAAAACGGUGGAGAACAUGAGUCCUUUGCCAAGAUGCCUUUGUCUACAUUACAGUGAUUGAUUAUUUACUCUAAGAAAAGUGUUUGUAGAAUAAAAGAAAUUU